AUGCCCGAUCUUGGGGUGCUCAGAAACGGGGGUUACAGGGAUGCAGGGCUUGCCCAAUUCACAUUGUCAUGUCCGCUGUCCUCGUUUCCCCUAGAAAUCCUCGAGUUGGGCGAUACCUUGGAGCACCUUGAUCUUUCAGGCACAGGUCUCUCAUCUCUGCCUUCAAAUAUCGGGACUGCUUUGCCCAACCUAAAGACUAUUUCGCUUUCUCAUUGUACUUUCAAGGUCUUCCCGAAACAGUUGGCGUCAUGCCCAAACCUCCAAACAGCUGUUUUUCGCAACAAUGGGAUGGAAUAUAUCCCAGAAGACGCUUUACCACCGCGUCUCCGAUGCAUUAUUUUGACAGGAAACCAACUGACCGCUAUACCCCCUAGUAUUGGUCACUGUGGCGCUCUGGAACAAUGCUUCCUUACGGACAACCAGCUCCAGGAUUUGCCCACCGAGUUAGCCAGGUGCAAGCGACUCACCACGCUUCGUGUUAGCUCGAAUCGCCUCUCAAAAUUUCCUCUAUGGUUGCAGGCUCUCCCGGAGCUCGCCUACGUCUCCUUUUCAAGCAACCCUUGUGCAGCUCUUCUCACAAAUGGCGCUCACGCCCCACGAGGGCUAGCCACGAUCCCGUGGAGCGAUGUUGAAGUUCAACAACCUAUCGACAACGAUACAUUCCUUGGGAUUUGGAAACAAUCACCACACUAUAGCGAAGAUGUUGCCAUCAGGCUGUUCCGAGACUCGAUUGCUUCGAUUGGUCGUGACGACGGCUCGGCCGCGGACGAGCUGGCGGCUUACCUCGCAGCUGGUGCUCACGAAAGCCUGGUCACCAUCCUCGGACGGAUCCAUGGCCACCCGGAUGAAGACACGUUUACAGAUGAACCCGGGAGCUAUGAAGGCGGUCUGGUACUACAACGCAUCCCCGAUGGCUACGCACCCCUCAGCAGCGUCUUGUCUUUCGACAAUGCUCUCGUUUCCUCGCCAGCAGUUGGUCCAGAAAAUGGUCAAUUCGAUACCAAAACGGUCCUUCAAAUGCUCGCUGGUCUCGCCCACGCCCUGUCUCACCUCCACGCUCGAGGCAUUGCUCACGGAUCGCUGCGCCUUGACACCAUCUUUGCCAGCGCUGCAGAUGCCCACGCCCUGUUGGCCGGGUUCAGGGGUGCAACGUUAUAUGCCGGAUUGCGACGCGCCCGCGUGGUUGGCCAGGGAGCAGGGAGCCCGGGACGGGAUGGGGGCCAAAUUGGAGAAGCCGAUGUAGUCGAGAAGGUCGAGGUACUUGCGUUUGGGCGGGUGGUACAGUUUUUGUUGCGAGCGGUGGGCGAUCGCGGGAGGGAGGGAUUCGAAGAGGCCGAAGGGGGGCUGGAGCAUUUGGGCAGGAGGUGUGUAGUGGCUGACGUCGGGGAGAGACCUGGGUUCGAAGAGAUUGUUGAGGUACUGGAGGGCUUGAUGGGGUGGAGGGGGAUGAUGAGGAUCCCGGAUGUUCGCCCGACUUGA